AGCCAACCACGCUCGCACACCGCAGGUAUCCAACCACAUUGUCUUUGUGUUGCGUGCCCCGCCAAACCCCCGCAACUCUUUCCCCGAUCCGGCGGCGACCACUACCUCGUCGCCAGCCCCAGCGCCACCGCCGCGCCAUGGACCCGGAGGCGGUGCGGAGGACCCUCGAGCCCACCGCUUCCGCCGCGGACAUCUCGGGCUCCACCCCUUACGACUCCUUCGUCAUCAGCGGCGUCCGCCUCGAGGCCGCCGAGCACGGCCGCGUCCUCUGCUCCUUCGUCGUCACCCCCCGUAUCGCCAGCCCCCAAGGGUACCUUCUCAGCGGCGUCACGGCAACGCUCGCCGACCAGUUGGGCUCGGCCGUGUUCUUCUCCAGCGGGGUGGGCACGAGCGGGGUCUCCCUCGAGAUCAGCGUGUCCUACGUCGACACGGCCGCCGUCGGGGAAGAAAUAGAGGUUGAGGCAAAGCUAUUGCGUGCUGGAAAAUCAGUCGGUGUUGUCUCUGUUGAUUUCAGGAAGAAAAGGAGCGGCAAAUUGAUGGCUCAGGCGCGUCAUACAAAGUACCUUGCUGUUUCUAGCAGAUUGUGAGGAUUCCCUUCAGUUGUAAGAUAAAAACAUGGUUCUGUCCAGCUCUUCGCUGCCCUUUAUCGAUAGACAACAAUAGCAACACCAUGUAGUGCUACAUUGUUUAAGAAAGUCUGGUUAUGUCUAUCCGAAAUUCUGUAACUCA